UAUUCAUGAGCGAUUCCUUUUGACGUAGUGGGAUUCACGAUUUCAACUCUCGGCGAGUCACAAAGUUUUAGAGGAAAGCGUUUGCAGAUCCAGACACACGAUGAGCGUUGGAUGUGCAACAAAGCGUGAUUUUAUCCUUCUGUAAGCCUUCUGUAGAGAAUGGAUAAGCGACCAACCUCAGCACAGUCAAACGCUGAAACCCCAGACAGUCCCACAGGGCCUCAUGUUGAAUGGUGUAAACAACUGAUAGCAGCCACAAUGUCCAAUCAGUUCUCAGGACCCAUCAGCUCAGAAAUGAAUUUCAAAGAGUACAAGGACUGUGAUGUGGAAGUUAACGGAUUUCUCUUGGACAAUGACCCUCAGCAGACUGCCUCCUCUUCGGCACUCAGAGAAGGAAAUAAGCAGGCUCAGAUGGAAGAGGCCCCGCGUGUUCCUGGAGAAACCAUCAAAGCUAUUGUCAAAGACAUCAUGUAUAUCUGUCCGUUUUCUGGGGUCGUGAGGGGAACUCUAACCAUCACUGACUACAAGCUCUUCUUUAAAAGCCUGGUGCGGGAUCCUCCAUUUGUGCUGGAUGUGAAUCUUGGAGCCAUUAGCAGACUGGAGUCCGUCGCCGUUCAGAGUCACGGAGAGAACACUCAAGGACUUGAGAUCGUUUGCAAGGCAAAGGACACAUCUUUGGCUCUCGACCUCUUCCUUUUCCAAUCUUCACUUCUUUUUAUUCACUUGCGCAGACUUUCAAAUAUUAAUUCCUGUUUUUUACCACAGGACUUGAGAAACCCCCGGUUUGCGUACAGGAAGGAGGGACAGAGCAAUUUGGAGGUGUUCGAAAUACUGUCAAAGUACGCAUUCCCCCUCUUCCACAACCUGCCUCUCUUUGCCUUUAAGUACCGAGAGACAUUUCCAGAAGAUGGCUGGAAGAUCUACGACCCAGUCGCGGAGUAUAAGAGGCAGGGUCUUCCAAACGAGAGCUGGAUCAUCAGCAAAGUCAACAGCAGUUAUGAGGUGUGCGAGACGUAUCCCGCUCUGCUGGUCCUUCCCUCAAACGUCACAGAGGAUGAACUGAAGAGAGUGGCAGCCUUUAGGGCCAAACGUCGUUUCCCAGUGCUGUCCUGGAUUCACCCUGAGAGUCAGGCCGCUAUUGUGCGCUGCGGUCAGCCACAGGUGGGUCCAUCAGACCGCCGCUGCAGGGAAGAUGAGCGCUACCUGCAGACCAUACUCGACGCCAACGCUCAGUCUCACAAGCUCUGCAUCUUUGAUGCUCGCCAAAGCACUGUGGCUGAUACUAACAAAGCCAAAGAUGGAGGAUAUGAGAAUGAGAGUUUCUACAUCAAUGUGGAACUUAACUUUCUGGAGAUCCCCAACAUACACGUGAUGAGAGAAUCCCUGAGGAAGCUCAAGGAGGUGGUGUAUCCUGCCAUCGACCAGCAGCACUGGUUCUCAUCUGUGGACUCUACGCACUGGCUGGAAUACAUCAGGCUCUUGCUAGCAGGUGCGGUGCGCAUCGCAGACCGAAUCGAGUCCGGUAAGACGUCAGUGGUGGUGCACUGCAGUGAUGGCUGGGACCGCACGGCUCAGCUCACCUCUCUGGCCAUGCUCAUGCUGGACGCACACUACCGCUCGCUCACGGGCUUCCAGGUGCUUCUGGAGAAGGAGUGGCUGAGCUUCGGACACCGCUUUGCCUCACGUGUGGGACAUGGAGAUGGGAAUCAUGCAAACUCUGAGCGCUCACCUCUCUUUGUGCAGUUCAUCGACUGUGUCUGGCAAAUGACCCGGCAGUUUCCCUCUGCAUUUGAAUUCAACGAGGUAUUUCUCAUCACGGUGCUUGAUCACCUGUACAGCUGCCUGUUUGGGACGUUUCUUUACAACAGCGAUCAAGAACGGGUCUCAAAGGAGGUGUACAGCAAGACCGUGUCUCUGUGGUCAUAUGUGAACAGCCAGCUUGAGGAAUUUACCAACCCGCUGUAUGUGAACUACGAGCACCAUGUUUUAUACCCAGUUGCCAGUUUGAGACAUUUAGAGCUUUGGGCCAGUUAUUAUGUGCGCUGGAACCCUCGCAUGAGGCCACAGGUUCCUGUUCAUCAGAGUCUGAAGGAGUUGUUGGUCCUGAAGUCAGAGUUGCAGAAGAGAGUGGAUGAGUUAAAACGAGAUGCAGCUUCAUCACAUUCUCUCUCCUCUUCCUCGGAGCAUGAAGGCAUGCCCAUGCAGACUACUGUCUGAGCAUAUCUUGUUAAAUAACUUGGAAAUACUGGUGUCAAAAAUCAUAUUAUUUUUUUCCGAUCUUUGUUGUCACAUUUGGAUAAUAAAAAUAUUUACAUAAGUUUGAUAAGA